AUGCACAAUGGAAAGUGCUACAUCAUGUCGGACACAAAGGCAACGUUUACCGAGGCUGAGACAAAGUGCGCUGUCGGCGGAGGCAUUCUGGCCACCGUAAAAGACCAGCAGACUCAGGACUUCUUUGUCCAGCUGCUGUCCGUGUCCAACACGGACGUGUGGAUCGGCCUGACUGACCUGGACGUGGAGGGUCAGUUCGUGUGGACUGAUGGGUCACCACUGGUCUACAGCAACUGGGCUCCAGGAGAACCGAAUGGUGACGACACGACUGACUGUGUUCACCUGUGGCCUCUGGCGAACUUCCGCUGGGAUGACAUGCCGUGUGGCAGGAGCAACUACUACGUCUGCCAGUACAGCAUGCCCUAG